UAGAUUGAGAGAGAGAGAGAGAGAGAGAGAGAGAGGUGUGUGGAAAAACGACGAGAAAUCUGAAGAUAAAUAAAAGGGCAGAAGUAAACCAAAAUGAAAAAGGGAAAAGCCCUAGAUUUUGGAAAAUUUGAUGGAGGAAUUGCAGAAAGAUUAAGGUUGUUGACUUGAUGGAGGGAGAGAUAUGAGAAGCCAUGGCGAAACCCGACGAUAUUGUGAAGGAAUCAUGGGGGACUUGGGAGGAGCUCUUGUUGGCUUGCGCCGUUAACCGUCAUGGAACCAAUAGCUGGGACUCUGUCGCUAUGGAAAUACAGAAUCGAACCACUUCUUCCCUUCAUCUUCUAACCCCACAGAACUGUAAACAGAAGUAUCAUGACCUUAAAGGCCGAUUCAUUACCAAGGACGAUGAAACGCUCGUCGGGGACGACGAAUCUGAACACCUCGACGAUAAGAUAGACGAGAUUCCGUGGCUCGAAGAGUUGAGAAAACUUCGAGUGGCGGAGCUUAGACGCGAGGUUCAACGAUACGAUGUUUCGAUCGUUUCCCUGCAAUUGAAAGUUAAGAAAUUGAAGGAUGCGCGUGAACAGAGCUUCAGAGAAAAGGAAAACGACGAACAGAAACCAGAUCUGGAAACUGAUUCGGAUGGCAAAGAAAGAGUCAAAGAGGAUGAGAAGGAGAGGGACGCAAAAUCGGAGAAAUCUACGCCGGAGAAAGUCGCCGGAGUAUCAGUCACCGGCGAAGAUUCAGACCGUGAAAACCAGUCGUUCAACGAGUCUAAUUCUACGGAUCCAAAGGUUCAGAAUCAAGAGGAGGACGUCGCAGAGGCGGAGAAGAAACCUGUACCGGUUGAAAUCGCCGUGGAACGACCUGAUCUGGUUUCCGGUGAUUCAAAACCUGUCGGCGAGGGGUCUUAUCAUGGUAGUUCGGAAACAAUAGCGAAAGGGUCGGCGCCCCUGCCGGUCGGGAAGUCUCCGGGAGCUAAUACGGUAAGGGAAGCCGGUGAAUCGCCCGAGUUGUGGGAAUCUGUGGCCGAAUCGAAAGGUGGGGGAGAGGAAGGCCAGAAGGAAAGCAGCGACGUGCAGAGCUCGGCUAGUUUAUCAAAGAAAAAUAGCCGGAAAAAGGUCAUUUCAGGGAGUAGCAGCGGGGAAGAACCAGAGGCUGAUGAGGUUUCUCCCGCCAUCAAAAAUAUUUCUGUUAAAUCACAGCCGUUGAUGAGUUUCCUCGAGAUUAUCCGGUCCCACAAAUAUGGCUCCAUUUUCGAGCGCCGGCUCGAAAGUCAGGAAACUGCCAAGUACAGGAACUUAGUAAGGCAACAUGUGGAUCUCGAGAUGGUUCGAACGAGGUUAGAAGAAGGCCAUUAUUCCGGCGGCAACGGCGGUAAAUUCUUUCGUGAUUUGCUUCUUCUCUUCAACAACGCCAGCGUCUUCUUCCCCAAGAACUCGCACGAAUGUGUUGCUGCUGUUGCACUUAGGCAGCUAGUUUCUAAGGAGCUGGCUAUUAGAGCCCGGAAUCUGGGUCGGCCCAAAGAUGAAUCAGCAACAGCAGCAGCUCCCGAACCCCCUGUUCCACCUCCAGCGAAGCCGGAACCUCCGGAUUCUCAGCUUGCGAAGCCCAAUUCUUCUGUACCGGUAAUCGCCUGCAGAAAGCGGAGUGCGAUCUCUACAAAGCCAUCGAUUGCAGUGAUUGAUAAGAAGGUAGAGCAAAGAACUUCAGCAGGGGCCGAAGAGAAGCCAGUUCCUGAUAGGAAGCAAUCCGGUUCUUUCCCAAAUGUUGUCGAGGAACAGAGCCUCACCAAGAAGAGGACACGAGAGAGGUCAGGAUUGGGUACUAGAAGCUCUAGAACAGGUGGAAAGAGCCGCACCAUUACUAACAAUUCCAACAAGAAUCCAACCACGGAUUCGGACCAGCACCAUAGCCAUGGUCCAAACUCUAGCUCAGCCGGUAAAGGAUCAGCCCAGGACGAAGAACCGAAGACGGAGAAAAAAAGCAACACAACUGUUGCCAAGAAACGAAGCGCUGCAAAUUUCUUGAAUAGGAUGAAACGGAAUUCAUCGUCAAGUGGUACGCUCCUAGAGACAUUGAAGAACACAGUGAAUAAUUCUAACAAUAGCAAAGGUGGUGGUGGUGGUGGUGGAGGAGAAUUGGGGACGGAGCAGAAGAGAGGUGGCGGGAAGAGUGAUGGGCGGAAGGACCACGGAGGUAGGCAAAGCUCCAGUGGGAAACAAGCGGCAGAGCAGAGCAGUCCGGCGAAAAGAAGCGUUGGACGACCGCCGAAGAGAGCGACGGCGGCGCCACCUCCACCUUUGCCUCGUUCAGCCCCAUCGAAACGGACGAGGGAAGCGGCAGAUACAGAGGUGGUAGUGGCUUCGAGACAGUCGAGGAAACGAGCGAGGAGGUAGGUGAUGGGGUAUUCGUAGGACUGGGGAGGUUACUCUGUAAAUCAUGCAUCUUUUUUUGGUAAAGUUUUAGUAUUUUGUAAUAAUUUAUUAUUUUCUUUUGGGUUUUCCCCUCAAAUUACAUUUUAUACCUUUUUGGGUUUGCGCCUAUUGUAGGUUGUACGGAUAAAAAUCCUCGGCAAUUCUCAUCUCAUGUAAUUUUGUGCAAUACCCCUUGUAAAGAUCGAUACGUAGACAUUCCGAAUCAAA